GACGGACGCUUGUCGGUGUUAGUUGUGUUCAGUGAGAGCGGGAAGGAAGGAAGGAAGAGUUGCCGAGGCUUCCAGUGUAAGGGUUUUAACCGGAAGGAAUAAAAUGUUCUCAUUCCACAAGCCUAAGGUUUACAGAUCAACCACGGGCUGCUGUAUCUGCAAAGCCAAAUCCAGCAGCCGUGCAGCUUGAUGAAUGACGCUUAAGGUAGACUGCACAGCAAAGUAGACGAGUUACAGAUCCUCUGAGGGCGCCUUGUCACCUUCUUCAGGAGGCGCUUCAUCAGGGAUUUCAGGAGACACCAACAUCUUGAGCUCACGGUUCACAGAUUCAAAGAAAUAUGAAGAUGAUUUCAUGGAAUGCUUCAACUUGAAGGAGCGAAGGUCGGGGGAAAUUUGCAAUGCCUGCGUCCUAUUGGUCAAGAGAUGGAAGAAGCUGCCAAAAGGAACAGAUCGUAACUGGCACCAUGUUGUGGAUGCACGAGCUGGACCUGGUACAAAGUCCUUGACUAAAUUCAAAAGCAAGAAACUAAAGAAGAAUUUGUUAAGUCCAGAUAAACCAUUAAAAGAAAAAAUAAAGAAAAAGCACAGGUAUAUACGUAAAGAAGGCAGAGAAACGUCCCCAGGAGCAUUAAGUGAUGACAUAGCUGUAGGUGAUGAAAGGUUAAGUGAAGGUUCUGGCCCAUCUGUUCCAGGUUCGUUAGCCCCUUCACCUUAUCCAUCACCAUACCCUUCUGAAGAUGACGCUGACUCACAAGACAGAACAAUCCUCUGUGGAGCUUCCAAAAGGAAGAAAUCACUGCCAACUCAACUGCAGCUCAGUAGUUUUGUGGACCUAACAUAUUGGAAGCAGGAAAAGGUGUGCUGCGGCCUUAUAUUUAGAGGAGACUGUGGUGAGGUCCUUAUUGAUCCUCGGUUCUUCCAGCCAUGCUCUUGUCGUAUAAAAUCUUUGGAGUGUUCACCAGCGCCAACACCUGCUUCUACUCCAAGAGCAUCAUCAGGCGCAUCUGACGGUGGAAGUAAUUAUGAUGAUGAAAUCUUGGAUAAUGAAAUCGAAGAUUAUCAAGACUCAGAUUCUUUAGACGAGCCCUAUUACUCGUCUGCUGCCAACUCUCCAGCUGCUCCACUCAUGCCUCAGUUACAUACGGGACUCACAAGUUAACUAUAGUAAUGUUUAGUGCUAAAAUUAUGAUCUGUCUACCUAAACAAUUGUUGGUAGAUUAUGUAUCUUUUUAUUAUUUAGAUAGACUAAAUUUCCAUGAUCAAUAUUAGUGUGUUCCGAAGUUUAUUUAUUCUUGGGUCCAAGACUUGUAAUUUUUCAGGGUUGAUAGAUAAAUUUUGAAUAAAAAACUAAAAAAAAAAAAAGUUUGGCACAGAGCUAAGCUGCAGCCCCUCCUAACCUUUUUUAAGUCUUGUUAUGACAAUCUUUCAUGGCAAUACUCGUCUUGCUGCACCAGUUAAGCCGUCCUCCUCUGCAGGCAGUAUACACAAUGGAACACAAUGAAAAACUGAAAAUAUUUGAGAGUUUUAUAUCCACCAUUUUUUACUUUUAAAACUUUAUAACAAGAUUAGGAAUUUUGAUACUAUUCAGUUUUGUAUUGUGUGACAUAAAUGCAAUUAAUAGUUAUUUGUAUAAAAGAAGCAUAGCUGAGUCAUAGACUAUGAAAGCUCAACACUCGCCAUACAUGCUUUAAAAGUGAAAUUGUAUGGUUUGUCUGAGGAGACACUUACGGUGCUGUGCAUGGUGGUGGUGGUGCUGCUACUACUGCUGCUGCUGCUGACGGUCAGGUGUGGUAGGACGGUUCUAGGAUCUCCAUAUCAGGGAGUGGGUGCGGCUGCCUCUUGUCCUCAGGUCACAAGGCUCCUGUGCUCAGUCCACCAGUCACUGGCUCCUUCUCUUAUUUCAAAGAUAAACCUCCCUCCAUGAGAAAAUGAAAACAUUUCUAGUUAUUCAAAUCCUUGCUAAAGUAGUGCCUCUUGCAACAGAAUCUAGUAUGCCAAGUCCCUUUCAAUGUGAAUACUAUUUAAAUUGACAAGUAUCUCAGCUUUACUAAAGAAUAAUAUUGCACAAGUUUAUUGAAUUUUCUAGCAAAUAGUUUAAUUACCAUUAAUUCCAAGAUUAUAAAUUAUUGACCAUUGAGUAAAGGUUUUAUAUUAUUUAAACUUAUUUUUAUGCGAUGAACUUUGUUUUUGGUAAUUACAUAGUUUUAUGGAAUAAAAUAUUUAAGAUAUUUAAAUGAACGCUUGAAGAGUAUUAGCUGGACCGUAGGGAAGCACAAAAGUUUUUGCGCAAUUACCAAAUAGGGCUUUUUUUGGUGGAAACAGAUUGCUAUGUAUCUUUUCCAGUGUUCAGCUGCUCCUCUGCAAGGAUUUCUUUUAUGUAAUCUGGCAUUGCACUUAAAAGUGGUCAUCAACAUUUCUCCUUUGAAAGUGCUGUCCUUGUGCAAUUGAAAUGGUUUAGCCAAAAAUUAAGUGCAGUGCCACAAAAGAGGCUUACAAAAAAUCAUAUUUAUAAUCAUAUUUAACUCAAAAGUUUUUUUUUUUUACUUUGGAGGUGAGAGUAGUACAAAAUCACUUUUUCUGUUAAAUACUGUACUAGUUUUUGUUGGUAAUUGUGACUCCAUAGGAAUUUCUACUAAGUAGGGAUUCUUUUUUAUAUAUGUAAUUAUAAAUCUAUACAAUAUAAAAUAUUUUUAGCUAACUGAAUAUUUUUUAAAUAAUUUCCAUAUGCAUAAUGUGUUGUGCUCAAUAAUUCAUUUUUUAAUGUUAUUUUCGUAUGGAGCCAGGUGAUGGUGAAACAGACUUGCCUGCCAUAUUGCAAAUUCAGAUGAAUUAAUCCCAAACCUUGAUCUAGUCUUCAAACAUUUUUAAUGUUAAGGACUUGAUAAAAAAAUAAAAUAAAACAAAAAAAAAAAUAUUGUACAGAUGGCCCUCAGUAUUACAAGGUACAAUUUUUUUCUUACAAAAAUAAUGAUUAACGUGUUUAUUGCCAUGCCAUGUUCUUGUUAGCACAUGAUUGGUACUGUCCAGGCGUUUGUUGCAAUACGAAUCUCUAGCGUCUUGGAUGAUAACUGUUUAAGGAAAAAUGGUACUGAAGCAUGUGGAGGGACGACAAUGGGUGACACAAAGUUACAAAGUAAUUCAUUGGUCACUAACUCCGAGUUGGUGUUAGUGGAUUGUGGCACCCAUGUUGGUUGUCCAAGGAAUCAAUGCAAAGGCUGGGAUCUCUCAGUACAGGAUUAGAAGGAAAUUUGUGGCUCUCUAAAUAUGUAUAUUCAUUGUAUUUUAUUUUCUUUCUCCUAUAGAGUUAAUGUUUAAAACCAUAAUGUCAUCAAGAUUUAUUAGCACUGCAAGACUGGAAAAAAUGUAAAUUUAGCAUAAUUGGGUUAGAUGGUUAAUUUAUUGCUCAGUAAGUCUUGAUUGACAUAUGUACAGAGCCACAAGAGACCCUGAUACAGGACCUUCUGUAAAUGCUGCACUGAGUUUGAACAAGAAUUCAGUCCUACAUGAUAAAACAUCCAUAUUAUAUGCACACGUACAUGCAAAAAUACAUGCAUAUUUGUAUAUGUAUACUAAGUAUAUAUACUGGGAAAUUUCUAUGUAUGUUUAAAUAGCAAACCUUAGUUUAAUUGGUUUGUCUGUUUGAUAUGCUUUAAAAUGCAUGUAAAUGUGUAUAUAGUUUAGUUGUGUAUAUAUACAGUAUUUAAAAUACUUUUGCUUGAUAAAUAUAUGCUUUGCAUAUAUAUAUAUAUUUCAAGAGCAAAUUUGUUUUUAUAUGCAUAUAUGCACAUCACACACACACAUGUAUAUAUGAAAAUAUAUGUACAUAUACACUUAUUUAUUUGUACACACAGACUCAUAGAUACAUAAACAUUUAUGCAAACAUACAAAAAAAAAAAAAAAUCCCAAUCUGUGAUUUUUCCAUUAAUUUUUUGAGAUGUUUCAAAGGCAUGUCCUCCAUGAACAGCAAUUGGGAAAAGUAAUUUACAUGCAUUGCAUUCCAAAGAUUGUUAUGUAUAAAGGAACAUUAUCACUUUUUUUUUUUCUUUUUUAAAUGGACAGGACACUUCAUCUCUUCCUUUCUCCGUCUCUGACCAUUGCAUUUCUAAUUUCUGAUUAUUUAUUUUUUUAAUUUUAUUCAGGUAUACUACUUAAGUGGGCAAAUGUCUCGUGACUAUUGUCACAUCAGUUCAAUGCCUAUGGUAUGGGGAUGGACGCAUGCCUCAUCUCCAACACGUACACUACAGUUUUCAUCAAACAAACACUUGUUAUGGUGCCCUUGUUAGUUUUGUAUUUAGUAGAUUCAAGAGUAUUGUUUUGUUUGUCAAAUGUGAAUAUGUAGCCCAAGUGAAUUUUGCCCCAGUCACAGUUAUAGCAGAUUGCACAUGGGCUGUUUCAAAGUCUGGUGUGGUUGGUGUGAGGAUGAGGCUUGUUUCAGGGUAAUCAGUGUAUAUCUUAUUGUAAGUCUAUUGCCCAUGCCAUGGACAUUAUCAACAUACACACAUGUACACGAAGGCUAUGUAUAUGUAUAUAUAUGGCUGUAUAUGUACACACACAUUUACACCCAUGAAGUAUACAUAAACAUUUAUGUUCAUGUAUAUAUAAAUAUGUACAUACAUACAUUUGCACAUAUAUAUGUAUGUAUUCAUAUAUGCAGAAAUAGGUAUAUAGUAGAUAGGUAAAUUACAUAGGUGAUUAUACAUAUAAUUACAUUUGUAUAUAUGUACAUAUAGAUACUGAUCAUUGCAUACAAGUAACACAAAUAUACAUUACAUUAAUAGGUUGACAAAUAUGUGUACAUACUGUAUGCAUAUGUGUAUGUUUGUACACAUGUAUUUAUACAACACACAUCAUGCAUAUCUUGAUAUGUAUGUGUACAUUUACACAAUUAUAUUAUAUAUAAGCACAAAUAAGACUGCAUCAAUAGAAAGUGCUCUGUUUCAUGUAACAGAUAUCUUUGUUACCAAUACUCUUUGCAUAUAAUGACAUUAUUGUUCUUUUUAAGUGUGUAUGAAUGAUGAAGGCAUUGGAUUUCCUUGAUGGAGACUGUGUGGACCUAGAUUACAAUGUAUAGAUAAAUAUAUAUAAAUAUAUACAUAUAUAAAGAAAAGAGCUUUAGGUUGUAUUUAAAUUAUUUAUUCUUACAAAAAGACCUGUACUUGGAGUAAAGUACUUUCUAUUUAACAGAUGCAGCACAUUUUCCUACUGCAUCUCACAAGUACCUGGGAGGAGACAGGGCGAUCAGCCAAUUCAAGUGUUGAUCUAUUUGUUUUGGGGGCCAGGGUCGUUGGUUGGGUUGAAAAUGUAUGGCUGAAAUUGGGUGUUAUGAGUGUAUCCAGGGUUACCUGUUUGCUCAUUAAAUCAGGUGUCACUAUGGAACAUGUGAUAUCAAUAACUUGGAGCUGUGAAUCCUUUUCUGCUUUUAUAAAAUCGCCCGGAUCCUCUUGGGUGUGUCUAGAUGGUCAAAGGACAGUUGAGAAUAGAUUCUCUCCUUUGUUAAAAAAAAGAAAAAAUGAAAAAAUUUUGUAUAAUGACAACCACAGAAGCUUAUUUAUUUGAGCUUAUUGUGUCCAUUUCUCUGUUUACUUAUUUAAUGUUUCUAGUUGUGAAUGUAGUUAUCCUUUGAAAAAUCAGUACAAUAAACUAUUGUCUUAAUA